UACCACUGGGAAACAAUCGCCGGAGGUGUGUAUCAUCUUUUCGCUCGCCUCCAGCUCCAGGUCUCUCCAAUGGCGAAAUCUCUACACUUGACAAGAUUAAUGUCGUCUUCUGCAAGAAUGGCUAUGACUUCUCCCAUCUUUUUCUCAGUCAAACCGAUGAGAAACAUCCAUAAACCCUACUUGGCAUCUCUUUUCCUGUCCACAACAUCUACACCAUACCCACUUCAAUACGACAUGAUCAUUAAUCGUCCCACACAGUCUUCUCUCUCCCAAACCCGUCGUCGACCCCCUAAAGCCAUCGAGUCCGGCUCGCCUGAGUCAGCAGAGCCAGAGUUCGAUUCGUGGGUCGACAAUAAACUGGCUUUAGAGCGUGAAAAGGGUCGACCCGGUUCAGGAGAUCCGGAAAUGGACAAGGCGAAGAGGAAGUACUAUAGUAAGAGGAGGAAGAGGCUAUACGGGUCUGAUUCUGAAGACGAGAGCAGCCGGAAAUCAGAUGAAGGAUUCGUGGAAUUGAAACCUGAAGUUGUGGAAUUUGAUAGGUUACAUCAGAGAGAAGAGGAAUUAUAUUUCUUUGAUACUUUUGCGUAUCCAUGGGAGAAAGAUAAGCAUUAUAAGAUGGUGUAUCAGUUAGAGAAGAAGUAUUUUCCUGAUCAAUGUUUAGAUAAGGCCUUUCUGCAACCUGGAGAGACUUUGAAGAAGAAUGAUGAUUCUGGGAAAACUAGAGGGAAGAAGAAAGUGGGAGCACUUGCCGGGAAGAGAAACGAGGCUAAACGAAUUGGUAUGGAGAAAUGUGAUGAGGAUGAUGAUGGUGAUGACAAGUUGGUGUUUUUUGAUGAAGCCAAGGAGAAGGAGGAGAAGAAGAAUUCAGAGGAAAAGGUUGUUACUGAGAAGAAAGUGGAACAGUUCUUUAAAAGUUUGACGAAAUCCCCCAGUGAGAAAGGUGUGGCUAGUGGUGGUGGUGAUGGAGAACCUUUCCUUGUUACCAGAAACGGUGAACUUCCUCCUAGAUGGGAUGGUCCUAACGGUACAGUGCUUUUGGUGAACAAACCAAAAGGAUGGACUUCCUUCACUGUCUGUGGUAAGCUACGACGAUUAGUCAAAGUGAAAAAGGUGGGUCAUGCUGGAACACUCGAUCCCAUGGCUACUGGUCUAUUAAUUGUGUGCAUUGGUAAAGCCACUAAGGUUGUUGACAGAUAUCAAGGUAUGAUCAAAGGUUAUAGCGGUGUUUUUCGUCUUGGUGAAGCCACUUCAACUUUAGACGCUGACUCUCCAGUGAUUCAACGAGAACCUUGGGAGCAUAUUAAAGAUGAUGAUAUAAAGAAAGCAUUAACAUCAUUUCUUGGAGAAAUAUGGCAAGUUCCACCAAUGUUCUCUGCGAUAAAAGUUGGAGGUGAGAAGAUGUACGAGAAGGCAAGACGAGGAGAAACGGUAGAGCUUUCUCCAAGACGAAUCUCAAUUUUCCAGUUUGAAAUCGAACGCAGUUUAGAUGACAGGCAAAAUCUUAUUUUUCGAGUUAUAUGCUCUAAGGGUACCUACAUUAGAUCCCUCUGUGCAGAUCUUGCUAAAGCUCUUGGAAGUUGUGCUCACCUUACUGCUCUUCGCCGGGAUUCCAUCGGCGAAUAUUCUGCUAACGAUGCUUGGGAGUUCAAUGAGUUAGAAGCAGCAAUUACCAAAAACUACUUCUAGAAGAAAACAACUUUCGCUUUGCUAAACGCUUCCAUAGAAGAUCAUAUAAGAUCACAAUAGUGAAUUUUUGGCUACAAAGAACUCUAAGGUUACACAGGCUUACAUAGAUCAUUGAUUGUUCAUCAAACUUAUUAUUGCCCUAAGAGUUUAAGACCCAAA